UCAAUUUCAAUCAUUCCCAGCUUAGAACUUGCUUUGGGGGAGGGAGAAUUCCUUGGAUUUACAGGAACAAAGGAAUAAGGAAAGAGGUUUGAAAGACAGCAUGAGCCUCAAUUACAAAAUUAUAAAAAAGCAUUCCUUAGGAAUAGAAAUAAUACAAACAAUAGAAAUAAAUUUUCUCACUGUAGGGUUUGAAGGAAUACUGUAGUUAGUACACACGAUGAUAUCCUCAAAUAAAUACCAUUGUGCUAUGAACAGAGAAAUUUUCUGAACAUUAAAGCUUUCGUUUUUAUUAAAAGUAAAAUAAAAAGUUUGGCCCUUUUUAAUUGACUUCCUUCUAGCAGUCUUCCUCCCCUCUCUUUUCUCCUUGCCCUCAUCCUCAUGCCCUGUCACUUAUGUUGUACUCUAGAUAGCUGUGUGUCUGCCUUGUCCAUUCCUAAUCCCAGAUAUUUACCAUUUGAAAGUAAUGGAAUUCCCUCUAAAUAAAUAAAUUCCUCUGUCUGGGAUGGAUCAGUACAUAGUAGGAUCUUGUUUUCUGUGAACUCAACACACAAAUUCAGGUAAAGCAGGAAUUGCACCUGUUAGUAACACCUGGUCCAGCAUGUUACCGAGGGUCACCAUCCUCAUCUUGCUGGGCUGGACUGCCUUGGUGGUCAGUGACCGGGUGUACGUGCACCCUUUUUACCUCCUUACCUAUAACAAAAGCAGCUGUGAUGAGCUGAAGAAAGUGGAUGCAGUGACCUCUGAGGAACAGACCUUUGCCCCCGUCCCAAUUCAGGCCAAGACAUCUGCUCUGGAUGAGAUGUCCGUGAAGGAGCAGCUGGUAUCUUACGCCCAGACACUAGAUGAAGAGGACAAGAAGAGAGCCAGUGGCGCCGCAGUCCUGGUGAACUUUGUGGGUUUCCGCAUGUAUAAGAUACUAAAGGAGAUCGUGACCCCAGACAAUGGGGCAAUUCUCUUGUCCCCCGUGGGCCUAUUUGGGACUCUGACUUCCUUCUACCUGGGUGCUGAGGAUCCCACAGCCACUAAACUCCAAGAACUUCUGGGUGUCCCUGGAGAAGAUCAGAGCUGCACUUCCCGACUAGAUGCACACAAGGUCUUCUCUGCCUUGAAGGCUGUCCAGGCCCUUCUCUUAGCCCAGGAAGUGAAGGGGAGCCCCAGUCUGCUCCUGACUACAGUGGUGGGCCUCUUCACCUCCCCUAACCUGCGUCUGAAGCAGUCAUUUGUGCAAGGCUUGGCUCCCUUUUCCAGCGCCACCUACGCCCGCUCUCUAGAUUUGGCCACAAACUCAGACCUUGCCGCAGAGAAAAUCGACAGGUUCAUUACAGCUGUCACAGGGUGGAAAAGGAACAUACAACUGAGUGGAAUCAGCCCCGACACCACAUUGCUCUUCACUACUUACAUGCACUUCCAAGGGGCAAUAAAGGGAAUUUCUAAACUGGCAGAGCCCCAGGUGUUCUGGAUAAACAACACCACCAGGAUAUCCGUGCCAAUGCUUUCAGGGACAGGCACCUUCCUGCACUGGAAUGAUGUGGAAAACAACUUUUCUGUGACUCAAGUGCCAUUUAAUAAGAAUGCCUUCCUCCUACUGAUAAAGCCUCAAGAUGAUGACCUAGAGAAAAUCGAGAAUUUUGUUUUGGGCCAUAACUUUUCAAGUUGGAUGAAAAAUCUGUCCCCCCGGUAUAUCCAUUUGACCUUGCCAAAACUGACACAAGAGAGCUCCUAUGACAUGCAGAACCUGCUCACCUACACCAAACUGCCUGGAUUGCUUGGAAAGGAGGCAAAGCUGAGCAAAAUGAGUGAUGCAAACCUCAAAGUUGGAAAGGUGAUGAAUACAGUCCUUUUUGAAUUGAAAGAGAGCCAGAGAGAACAAGAUUCUUUCCAAAAGCACAGUGAAGCCUUUCCUCUGGAAGUGAAACUGAACAGUCCAUUCUUGAUGCUUCUCUAUGAGGAAGAAUCAAAAGUCUUCUUUUUCUUGAGUCGUGUGACAAAUCCAUUGAGUGGUAUUUGAGACCCCAAGACCACACAUGGUUCCCCAUGAAAGAAAAGGGCAAGUUAAAGAACCUUACGCUUCUUUAAGAUUUGAAACUAUUAUUCCCAUGCCUUCUUUGGCACUUUAUGAAGUUGGUGCCAAUAACUCAGAAUAGUAGCAGAUGGCACAAAUGCUAAAUUGUCACCAAUUUCCACUUUUCCUUCUAAUUAUUCAACUGUGAGCUAGUGGGAAGACCCUUCUCCUUAGUAAAUAGGAUAAUUAGUACCAUGAACUUGUGAUGGCAUAAAUAAACUUUAACAAGAUUCCUUUUUAAGAUCCAGAGUUUAUCAUGGAGCUGUUGCUGGUUUUAGCAAGAGUUCGAGAAAACCAUCUAAAUGGUGUUUAGAAACUGAAAAAAAGAUUCAUUUUUAGUGGAGAAGAAAAUUUCGGUCUUAGAAUUAAAAUAUAAUUGCUUGCUGCCUAUAUAUAGACCCAGCUCAUUUAGCAUUUAUGAGUUACUGAGAUAUGGUUUGAAAAAAGGUCUUUUUUUUCCAUAUGACACAUUUUAUUAAAAAAAAAAGAUGGGUUAGGUAUGCAUAUUAGAAAAUCAGGGGAAACCCAUGAAUACCUCCAAACAUGGGAACACAAUGCAAUGGUGAUGUUAUGUUACUAAUAAAGAAGCUUUGCUUUAUUAAAAAAAAA